AUGAGGCACAAUCUCCCCGCAAUAAAUGUCGGCGAUCAGAAUCUAGCGCCACCGCAAGACUACAGGCGCAAGGCAGAUCUGUAUAUGCCGAUGACCUACAUCGUCCGAGUGUUACGUAGGGUGCUCCCACCCCAUGCAAAAAUUUCCGAUGAUGCGAAGAAGACUAUCCAAGAGUGUGUCUCAAAGUUCAUUUUCUUUGUAACCAGUGAGGCCAAUGAGACGGCCCACCGCGAGUACAAAACACCAAUCUACCCGGAAGAUGUAACCGCCGGCAUGGCCUCACUGGAGUUCAAUGACUACGUGGAGCCCCUGACAGUUUUCCUCAAUAAAUAUCGGGCCGAGGAUCCCAAGCGCACAGCCUCGGUGCAGGUUCAAUUGCCGAUGGCCAUGCGCAGUGCCGCCCAAUAA